AUGGUUCGAGUUUCAGUAUUAAGUGAUUGCCUAAAGGCUAUAUUAAAUGCAGAGAAGAUGGGCCGUCGUCAAGUUCUAAUCCGUCCCUCUUCAAAAGUUAUUGUUCAGUUCUUACAGUGUAUGCAACGCCGUGGUUAUAUUGGAGAAUUUGAGGUUUUAGAUGAUCGUAGAGCAGGGAAGAUAUGUAUUGAGUUAUUGGGACGCUUGAAUAAGUGUGGAGUUAUAUCACCCCGUUACGAUGUUCCAUUAUCUGAUAUCGAACAGAUAAGUACAAAUCUUUUACCAUCCAGACAAUUUGGUUAUGUUGUAUUGUCAACUUCAUAUGGUAUUAUGGACCAAGAAGAAGCUAGAAAGAAGCAUACUGGUGGGAAGAUUCUAGGUUUCUUUUUUUAA